AAUAAAUCACAAACCCCAAAUCAAAUCCAACCCAAAUUGUCGCCCCCACAACACCACAAUUAUCCUCUCCCCAUCUCCUCUUCUUCUUCUUCUUCUUCUUCCCCUACUCUUACCCCUCACUUUUCCCUGUCUUUUUUCCGACCACUUCAACUACUGGGUUGUUGAGAAUUUUCUUUCUCAUGACGGACUAUCGACUGCCGCCGCCGUCCAUGCCCAUGAAUCUUUGGACAGACGACAACGGAUCGGUCAUGGAGGCUUUCAUGAGCUCCGAUCUUACUGGUCUGUGGCCGCCUUCACAGUCUUCUGCAUCCACCUCCACCCCCCCAAUACCCGACCCAUCUAAGGCCCUGGCCCAAUCGCAGCCGCAGGUCCCGCCUUUUAACCAGGAGACCCUCCAGCAGCGGCUUCAGGUUCUGAUUGAGGGCGCUCGCGAGAGCUGGACCUACGCGAUUUUCUGGCAGUCGUCUUAUGAAUACCCCGGAGCUGCUGUUCUUGGGUGGGGAGAUGGAUUGCAGAAGAUUGAGAGUUGUGGGAAGUUAGUGAGUAGCAGAAUGAGAGAGAGAAGCCACGAAAGCGAGGAUUGUCGGAUUAAUGAGAGGUGCUUUGAGUUUGAGCAAUUUCAGGACUCUGAUGCUAACGAGAAACACAAGGCGGUCAAAACUCGAAGCCGGACCAGACCUUGAGACCACACCCGCGACCCAAUUCCAUUGUCGAAGACCUUUCAUCCCCUGCAAACAUCUAAUAAUUUAAACCCAAUUAC